UCUUUAACAACCUUCUUAAGCGAUUAGAUAAUCGAUCAUUCUUGAAGAACGCGAAGCAUUUAAUCGUUUGAGUUCAUUGAAAACGUGCAAGGACAACUGCAUCAUAUUUUCCUCUAUAUUGUAUUCAGUUACGAAACGUUUGUUUAUGUGGAUAAUGUAGAAGAAAAUAAAAUUAAAAAUAAAUAAAUUUAUUAUUCGAAGAUAAUUAAUUAAUUAUGUAGUAUAAGUUUUAUUGCUUUAGUUUGGUAAUCUAGAAUAUUAAAAAAAAUGACAAGGUGAGGAAUUUUAGUGUCUUCCUUUUUCGUAUUGACACAAGUUUAAAAUGUUAAAACGCUCGGCGUUACGUUGAAUCGAAAACGGCCUUCACAGAAGGAUGUCCUUUAAGGUGGGGAUGUCUUAUAAAUAUCUAAUAUACCAUAAAAUUUCUCAAUCUCAUUUUGGAAUCCACGGAAAAACUAUGAAGUCUUUGAUUAUUUUCGGGUUUUUUGGCUUAGUUUUUGGAAAACCGGAUAUCGGAUUAGAGUUGAGGAAACCUUUACAAACUAGUUAUGGUGUUCCAGUUGAAUCUGUAACGGGACUUCCCCCAAAUUAUUUACCUCCAUCGCCGACGUUUCACACGCCGUUAGUUUCAACGGCGGUUCCUUUUUAUUCUGGACCAACAGUAACACCGACUUUAUCGCCUAUAAUUUAUGAUCAAAGCGUGAUUUCACAAAUUCCUAGUCAUCACCAAAUUUAUCAACAACAAUUUUAUUCUCAACCAUCGCCGAGUGUUUAUCAUCAUCCAGCUGAAGUACAAAAACACGUUUACUUUUAUGAAGCGCCUGAAGAACCGGAAGAUAUUCAUCCGCAUGUUGCCCCAACAGCCCCACCUUCAAAGAAGAAUGUGAAAAUUAUUUUCAUUAAAGCUCCAACUUAUAAAGUUCAGCCGUAUGUACCACCCGUUGCUUAUUCUCAACAAGAAAAAACUUUGGUUUACGUUUUGGUUAAGAAACCGGAAGAACAACAACAAAUUGUUGUGGAACCACCACCACCAACUCCACCAACUAAACCAGAAGUAUACUUUAUUAAAUACAAAAAUCAAGCUGAAGCUGAAGAAAAAGUUCAAAACACUUUAAACACUCACGCUGAAAGUGGUGCUAAUAUUAUAACUAAUCAAGUUGAAACUGGAUCAAUCGGAAAUUUACCCCUUGAUGGAUUAUCAAUUGUAACCACACCAUCUCCAAUUAUUACCAACUACGUUUCUUCGUCACUUCCAGGAGGAUACGUGAAUCCAUCAAUUUCGAUUAACACGAAUGGAAUUAACGGUGGACAAUUUGUUUCUUCAACGGAAUCUCCUUUCAUUGCGAGCACUUACGGACCAAUUAUUUCUUCAACGGAAAGUCCCGUAAUUAGUAGUACUUAUUACCCAUCGAUUGAUGCCAAUAAAAUUGUUGAUAGUUAUGGAGUUCCCCAUCAAACUUAUGGAAUACCGAAUAAAAAGUAAAUUAUGAGAAGAAAACCUGCAAUAAAUUAUAAAUUAAGAUUUUGUCAAGAAAAACAAAUGGUUGUAAUAAAAAUGUUGUAAAAAAUAAUAAUAAAGAUUGCUUAAUGAUAAUUUCUGUCAAU